CUCCCCCAUUGGCGGAUGUCGUCAUCCAUCACGCCCAGGCUUGAAGCAGUAGGCGGCGCCAUGGAGUUGCGUCCCAAACUUUGGAGUCCCCUCCCACCCACAAAUCGAGCCGCCCUCGCUCGUUCGUCCGCUCGUCCGCGCCGUCGACCAUCUCAUUGUGGCCUCGGCGCCGAUGGGGAAGCGGCGGCGGCGGCGGUGGCCGGCAAAAUGGAGACGGUGGAGCAGCUCGUCUCCUUCCACCGCGUCCAGGUGCAGCUGAGCGGCGGCGCGCCGUGGGGCUUCACGCUCAAGGGAGGCACCGAGCACGGAGAGCCGCUCGUCAUCACCAAAAUCGAGGAGGGAGGGAAGGCGGCCCGCUGCGAGAAGCUAAAAGUGGGCGACGAGCUCAUUAACAUCAACGGCUCGGCCCUCUACGGCAGCCGGCAGGAAGCGCUCAUCCUCAUCAAGGGCUCCUACAGGAUACUCAAGCUCGGCAUCAGGAGCGAGAAGAAGGAGCGAGGAAAAGGAGGAUCCACGGUCGGGCUUUCCAAACCGUGCGCCGGGAGCCUUUCUCCGAGCCCCCCCGGCGGUCGUGGCUCGCGCCGUGUCCAGCGGAAGGAGGAGCUUGAUCCCAGAACGCGAUCUCAGAGGCUUCAUUGUUCGGACGUGGAGAGCGAACGCGUUGAACUUGACAUUUGCCUUCGGAUGCUUCUUGCUCGUCGCUCUGUGUGUGUCUCCAGCGCUCACCGUCCGCUUCUGCCCAAUCGUCUCUGCAGGCGCAGCAUCCCGCACAUCAGGCCCGCGUCCUGGCUUCUGAGCGCGCUGUCCGAGCUGCCGCCCCCUCCUCCGCCUCCCCCACCCCUCCUCCCUCACCCCGCCGACUCCCCCCCGCUACCCCCGCCUCCCACUCCACCUGCCAUGCAGCUCCACCCCUGCGCCUGCCCGCUAACCUGGAACACGAGUGAGAACAGUGACUUGCCCACGCAGUGGGGUCAGCUGUGCCGACCGUACUCGUCCACAGAUCGGAGCAGUUCCCUGGGCUCCAUGGAGAGCUUGGACACAGCCGCACCCAUUACGCAGCCUUACUCCGACUCGCACAAUUCACCCGUGGACCCGGCACUCUUCAAUAGCAAGCGAGACUCUGCCUACAGCUCGUUCUCCGCCAGCUCAAACAUGUCCGACUACGCCGCAGUGCCGCUCAGACCCGGUGACGUAUGCUCCAUGGACAAUUUCCUCCAAAGCCUGGGGCCGCCUUGUCCGAACUCCGCCGCCGCUGACGGAGGUUCAUCUGCUGAGGGACAGCGGGCUGUAUUCAAGUUCAGGUCAUUGACCAGGCCCAGGCAAAGGCCUGUGGAGGUCAAAGAGAGGCCCUCCUCCUGCUCGUAUGAGGAGGACAGGAGGGGAGGGGACUUCGAUGUCAUAAGAAAUGGAGAAUGCGCAAUAGAAGCACAGACCAAUCCCACUCAGCCUUCAAACAGAAUGGACAGUUUCAAGAACACCCCGAGUUGCCCUAAUCCUCCAAACAAGCGUCGCGCUUCUGCUCCGACUGAUAUUUCCUAUGAGGAAAACGUGCCUUCUCCAAACAGUGAACUGGGAAUUCAUAAUGGCUUCAUCAAAGUCGGAGAAGGCAGCCAAACUGGUCAUGUAGAACGCCACUAUAGCGUAAAUCAAACGGAAGAACAUGCAUGUGAUUUGAGAGACGGUGCCGACACAACCACAGAUCAGCUCUCUCGGGUCACUCUAGCCUCUGCUGGACCUCCUUCAUUAACUUCGCAAGCCUCACUAGAGUUUCACGAGCGGUCUCAAAUCACGCACUCCGUUUCUGCAGGUCUUCACUGGCCAAAUGACCCAGAGAAGACACAACUUCAGUUUUUGCGGUUUAAGAACAAUAACUCUUCGCCGGAACCUUACAGUCAGUCAUAUCCCUCGGAAUCUUGUAGCAGCCAGUGGUCUCCAGGCCCCAUAGCGAGCCAAGGACCGUCAAACAGCCAUUGCCUGGAGCCAGCAAACAAAUGGGGCGAAAGCUGCUGCUCAACCCCUGGAUCUGUGUUCUUGGAGGAAGGAAUGGGAGUUAUUAAGCAUCACCACCCUUGGGGCCGCUCUGUGAGUGUACCUGAGGAGCCAGAUGGGCCUUCAACACAGGCCAGGCUGGGUUCUGACCAAAUACUUGGAAAUUUUGAGCCUCUUCGUGCCGCUGCAAGUGUCGACACUUUACUGGAGGAGCAAAGGACAGGUGAGAGAACAAGAGGUGAAGACAAAUUAAAGGACAAUGCUGCAGUCGACGCAACCAAGAGGAAGCCAAACUCAUCGAGGAACCAUCGGCGAAACCGCCGCCGCAACGAGCGCUUUGCAACCAACCUCAGAAAUGAGAUCCAAAGGAAGAAGGCCCAACUUCAGAGGAGCGGCGGCCCAGGAGGAUUGCUCUCCUGCGGGGAAACUGUCCAGGAAGAGGAGGGUGCAGACCUCUAUGAGGAGUCUGGAGACCCGGACACUGAAGUCAAAGAAAGAGGAACCAAAGUUCUGUUAGACUCGCCUGUUGAUUCCACCAAGUGCACCAGUGCACCAGAUGAGAAAUUAAUCACUUCAAACAAAAUAAACGGUGACAAUUCGCACACAACCGCAGCCAUUCAGAUUGUGGACUCAGGCGUUCCAAAUUUCGGUGUUGGCGUCCGAGUUGUUGAGGAGCCAGCUCCUGCAGGCAAAGCUCGCCGGUGGCGUUGGACUCCCGAGCAUAAGCUCCAACCAGAACCAAAACCCAGCAGACUGUACGGUGUCAUUGGAGAGAGUGUGUUAGGAGUCACCCAGUCAAGGCAAGGGGUUUGCGCCUUCACCUCCGCUUCCACAUCCUCCUGUGGCCGUUCUGCUUCCUGUUCUCGAAUGGAAGAGUCUGACAUCCUUCCAUUUGCAGAUAGAAGGAAGUUUUUUGAGGAGACAAGCAAGUUAGUGGCUGGUUCCAAGGUGUCUGGUCUCUCAAGUCACAAGUCCCAGGAAGGGGAGCACGGUCAGUACACAAACCAACGAAGAUACUCCUAUCAGGGUGGGCUCCACCAAGAAUUGCCAUCAGGAUCUACCAGCCGAGACAGACAACAGGAGAGUGAAUGGGGGGAGAGUGCGAGGGAAAGAAAGAGGGACAACAUGCUACGAGAAAGGGAGAUGCAGCAGGAGAAGGAAAGAUGGGAAAGGAAAGUGGAAAAAGAGAGGCUCAGGGAGAAGGAGCAACAGGAAAGGGUGAGACGGUGGGAAAGGGAACGCGAGAUGGAGCUUGAGUUGGAGAGGGCCAGGGAGGAGGAACAUCUCCAAAAAGAACGAGAGGAAGAGUUGGGUCGGGAAAGGAAAGAGUUUAACAGCAGGUCUUGCAUGGAAGGAAGGAAUCACGACGAAAACUCCCAUCCUAGCCGCAGCAGCCAAGUCCCGCCAUCUGCUUUCUACCCAGUUAACCAACCUUCACGGCCAACUUUGUACCAGGGACUCGCAGCAAGGAGCAACACCCCCACACAAUUGCAGUAUCCCGCCCGGCAACAUGAAACAAGCAAACUGAACAGGAAGUACAGCCUGACAGAGAGAGACUACACCGACUGGAGACAGGAGUGCCAGCCACCAGACGGCAUCGGUCUGCAUCAUCGGCCUUCCCAUCAGGCUUCACGGACCGCAAGGCAGGUGGUCGGCGACAGAAGUGACUGCAACGGACACACGGCGGCCCCCCUCUCACAGCGGGGGCGCGCCAUGUCCGAAAACGAUCUCCACUUCGAUGGUGGUCAGCGCUGGUCGCCGUCGCACUCCGCCGGGGCCGGCCAGACGCUGAGCGAAGUGGAGGAAGGAGUGGAACACCUGUUGACCCAGAAGAAGAAAAAACCUCCCCCGAGGCCACCGCCGCCCAAGUGGGAGCAGUUCCACCGCAGGCGUGCAUCCCACCACACGCUGUUUCCCUCUUCUUCUACUGUUCCGCCACAACAUCCCAACACGCCCCCACCCUCGGUGGAACGCCACACUUCCGCUCAUUCUACCUCUGAGCAGUCCAGGCAGAGGUCGUACAGCCUUCCGCCGCAGGGACAGGAAGUGGCGGAGAGCUGCCCGCGCUGCAGCUGCAACCAACCUCGGACUCGAGAACACGCCUUCGCCCACGUCCCGUCCGAUCGCCGUCAGUUCCCCGAGCUCUCCUUUUCCGUCGCCCCGCCCAGUCCCAUGUUCUCCAGGCGGGCCUUCGGGUCUGCGGUCCCGACAUACUUUGACCAGCAUGAGAGGGAGAUCCCGCCCCCGCCAGCACCUUGGAGCAGUGUGUCUGAGGCAGACAGCAGCCAUAAUAAAAUGUGGAAUCCUCACAAGCCGUCACCCAGCGUGAGACCUGGAGCUGAGUGGGAGAGAACGCUGUCUCCCAGAAUUCAAAUUAACAACAUGCUUCCACCUGCCUUGGCAAAUGGACACCUUGGUGGUGUUUUACCUCCUGAAUCUUACUCUGCGCUGGACGACAAGCAGCAGCAGCAGAUGUGUGUGGGUGAAGACGUCCAGAGCGGUGAGCCUUCAAAGGUCCCUGAAACAGGAACAGAGUCGGAGACGACCCUCAGCCCAAGCCCCACGCACAGCCUGGAGGCAGAACUGGAUGUCCCUUUAGAAACGGACAUAGACGACUUCCAGGGAGAUGACGGACUUCCUGUAGAGGAGGAGCUUCCUUGCUUCGCAUUGCCGGUCACUGUCUUGGAGACGGACAUCGACACCUUGCCGGAGCCGCGGGCCGAGCCGGUGGGCGGCGUCCGGGCGGAGGAGGAGGAGCUGGAGAGCAGCAGGGAAGGGCUGAGCUUGGACGAGCUCUUCCCCCACAGUAGUGAGGGAGAGUCGGGCACGGAGAGCUGGAGGGGCGCCUUCCAUAACCCCGAGCACAAUAGUGACAGCUUGGAUAGGCGGUCCGGCACGAGUUCUAGCUGCUCUUCUUAUUACAGCACGUCGGCGGCCAAAGCUCAGCUCUUGUCUCAGAUGAAGGACUUGACCGAUAACAAAGAGCGGGAAGAUGACGACGAGCUCACGUACAAGAGACAGCUAAUGGAGAGCCUGCGCAAGAAACUCGGGGUACUGAGGGAAGCCCAGCGGGGGCUCCAGGACGACGUCCGGGCCAAUGCGCAGCUGGGGGAGGAGGUGGAGAGCAUGGUGGUGGCCGUCUGCAAGCCUAACGAGGUGGCCAAGUUCCGCAUGUUCAUCGGUGACCUGGAUAAGGUGGUCAGCUUGCUGCUGUCGCUGUCGGGGCGUCUGCUGAGGGCGGAGACCACGCUGGACACGCUCAACCCUGAUACGGACGAUGACGAGAGGCUCUCCCUGCUGGAGAAAAAGCGCCAGCUCAUGAGGCAGCUGUCAGAGGCCCAGGACUUGAAGGAGCACGUCGACCACAGGGAGCAGGCCGUCAGCCGCGUUCUGGCCCGAUGCCUCUCUCCGGAGCAGCACCGAGACUACAGCCACUUUGUGAAGAUGAAGGCCGCCCUGCUGGUGGAGCAGAAGCAGCUGGAGGACAAGAUCCGUCUGGGAGAGGAGCAACUGAGGGGGCUCAGGGAGAGUCUGGGGCUGGGCCUCGGUCUGGGAUUGGGACUGUCCGUGGGAUACGGGCAUUACUAACUGGAUUCCUGAAAGCGAGACUGACAAUGAACCCUGAAACAGCACAAACCCGUUUCCGCGCAAGGAUUCCGACAGGAUGUCCCACAUGCGGAAACUGGACAUGGAAGCAUUUGUGCCACUUUCAAACAUUACUUGAUGCGAGACAGUAAACCUGUGUGCGUGAUCUGACUACCAAAGAAGAGAAGGCCUUACUUUUUAUUUUAUUUUAUUAUUUUUUUUGGGAUGGUGCUCCACAUUACAUUGCAGUUUAUUGUUUUGUCUUUGACACCACUGAAUUAUAUGACUGUGUCACGUUUGAUUUACAGGGUGGAGUUUGACACUCCGCUCACAAAAAAUGUACAGAAGACCCUGAUGUUUAUAAUGUAUGCAUUGUGUGUAUAUAGUGGAUUUGAAUAGAGCUGGAAUGGCUGGUAACAAAUGCUUGGGAAAAAGAGCAGCUAUCCUAAUGAUGUAUAUUUUUACUUUGUUUUUUGUUUUUAACUGCACAAAUCUACUCAGUUGAAGUGGACAGAUUUUUUUUUUUUUUUUUUUAACCCAAUCUGAACCAAGCAUUGAAAACGGACAAAAUGUCAACAGGUGUCCCCGUCAUCACCCAUUAAAACUUUGACCAAG